UGACGAAUUGAAGUUUAGAGAAAUAAAACACACAAACGGAAUGGCUGCGUGUUUUUUGUUUUACUUCGCACCGAAGCAAGAGAUGUAUUUCCGCUUCGUCUGCUUGUUCGCAUGGUCGUGCAGUCACGCGCGCAGGUACCGAAACUAUGCCAUUUUCUACCGUGCUCCAGCGCGUGAUCAUGCUCUGCGAUACGCUUGUUCCGCCUCGGUAUUCGUGCAGCAAUGAAUUAUACCGCUAGUCAUGUGUCCUUGUGCACGGCGCGCAAAAUCGUGGGCUGCGUGAAAUCAGACAAUCGGAACAGCUCGUGCGCAGUGCCGCAAAAAAGAAAAAAAAAGCGAGGAGAAAAAAAUGAAGGCGGGGCCUCUGACGUACGCGUCACGCGAUCUUCGAGGUCCGUCAUGGUAGAACGCAGGGAAGGAAUUUCGCUUGCGGAGGCUAGACGGGGCGAGUAGAGUGUGUCUUGCUAUGCAGUGGAGCUCUCCUUCUGAAAUCAUGGGUUCGCGGCACUGAAAUAUUUCUAUCUCUGCUAUUAACGAGCCGAUUUGAAUUUUUUUUUUUUUUUGCGGCAGAACGCUCCCUAGAGGACACGUAACAACUUGCAGCGUAUAAGCAAAAUUGGCAAUGGGGCCUGGUGAGGAACCCUUUAUGCCCAGGCGGCGGAGAAACGCGAUGACAGCGGUCGCACCGCCGACCACAGGUAUCUCAGCCUUGGGACGCCACGAAGCUCUUGCGCGAGAGCACUGGCGCCUCAAAAAGCGAGUUGGCGUUCGGCGACCAGCAGCUCGGAUAUCUCUCGCGCGAGGGUACCUGCAUCUUCUUCGAGGCUAGAAACUCGACCGACCCCGAAAGUCCUUGAACAGUAGCCAAAGAUAACCGUAGUUGGCUUUAAAAAGGGGCAGCCGUGUUGCGUGCCACGUUUAUAUAAGUGGCGUACAAUUCCGCUCCACGGUGGCUACCUGCAGGUGCGCAAGUUCCUGGUGCUGAGCAAGAGCCGCGACAGGAGCACGGCCGAGAGGCUGUCUCUGCUUGCCGACUACGUGACGAGCCGCUUCACGAGCACCGCCUGCCUGCGCCGCUACGUGCACCAGCACUUCCGCGGCGCGCACGUGGACGACGACGAGGUCUCGGCACUGGCGGCGCUGCUUGCGCUGGGACUGCGGGUGGACGCGACUGCACGGAGGUCCGUGGCCGCUAUGCGUGCCCACAAGUACUGGCACGCCCCGCAGGCCAGGUCACCCACUUCGCCUGUGGAGAAUGUGGUCGAGUCGUCGCUGGACAACACGACCACCUGCACGUGGGAGGCGUCCAGCGCCGAACUGCCCUACCGGCAGGCUUCUGGAGACGAGGAGGACGACUCAGAGGACGACGAGGAAGAGGAGGAGGAAGGCGGCGGAGAGCCGCAACACUCAGACACCGGCAGUUCAGCCGCCAUGGUGCUGCUUCCGCACGGCCCGUCGCCGUUACAGCUGGUGGGGGGCCAGACGCCUGGAUCUCUGGCUUCCCGCACGCGAAGGUGGCUCGCUGUCCUGACGGGCAGACAGCAGCCUUGAAUUCACUAUGCCAAGUCGAGUUGUUCGCGUCAGCCCGAAUGCAUGGCGAUUCGACAUUACCCGGCGGCAAACUUGCAGCGGCAUACGGCGACGGAUUUCGCAAGAACUUCGCUAAACGUUUUUCUGGAAUGCUUCCUUAAAGUGGAAGGCCCCCAAAAAGAUAUUUUAAAAGAUCAGAAGCCAAGAUUGAAAUAACUUUUUUCCUGAGUAAGCAUGUCUUAUUUAACUUGCCCAACUAUUUAAAGUGCAAGAAAUGGUUAAUUUUAUUUUUUGUCAGGUAAUUUUUGUCAUAAAAUGUGUUAAAAGUGCACCAGAAAUGAUAGGUAACUAAUGAAUUGAUAAACUGGGUAAAGCUUUGGCAUAUAUGUAGCUAAGUGUGGGACCUAUGCAAUAAACUAGUAUAAAUGUAAUAUGAUAUAUAUUAAAAUAGUAUUGUUUCAAAAACUAUGGAAAUUGAAGAACACUGCCAAUCUGAACCAAAUUUAUUUCCAAAAUGAGCUGUAAAUUAAACAAUUUUGCAUCAAUUUCUAUUGUCCUAGCCUGUUGGACACAUCUCUAUGUGGGGAAUCAGUUGACUAAUACAGUGACACACAUGAGGUUCUCCCCUCCUCUGAUAUGUAUGGCACCACAAUAGCGAGUUUUAGCAUGUCCGGUAUACCACUAAACGCAGGUGGAUUGGGAACGUCUUUAAUACAUUGCGUACUAAACUGCACCAGCAGCUGAGGCGAGUGACAGCUAUGCUGGAUACUCGCGAGAAAAAAACAUCAACUGUAUAAAAUUGUAGGUAGGGAAAUUGUAGGGAAGCCUAUCCACUCUCGGAUAGGCUUCCCAUAUUAGUUGCUCAUUUAAGUGGACGGUUGACUAACACAUUGACGCACACCAGGUCGUUCACAUUCACCUUGGACGUACAAGUGUAGAAUACCGCCGCUUAGUGAAACGAUGGCUAACUUUAUUAUUAAAUAUAAAGCUUUGCCACAUAGUUUGCACAUGGAACUGUGUGCCAACAACUACAGCACAUCACAACAGGUGUGCACCCAUGCAGCUACUCUAUGACAGGGUGCCAGAAGAUUACUUCCACCACCACAGAGGUGGCCUAGAACAGACAACUUUGAAGUUGUGCCCUCAUGCUUUUCUGACUAAUUGGGUGUUCUGUUGGGCCAGUUGAUGAAGCCAUCCUGACUGAAAACAGAGAGCGCAAUACAGGAGCAUGACAUAAACUGUGCCUAGCCCGAAGGUUGAAUCAGGGAUGCCAGUUAUAUGCAGGGGGCAAGUUAUGCGAUGGCAAUCUGGCAUACUAUCACAACUCUCAUGCCCAAUAAUCUAGAGCUCCUAGCUUCAACGUUACCACAACAUUCACCGAGGCCCCACUGUGGCC